AUGGACGACUUAGCGAGCGUCUGCAGCACGAGUACGGCGGCCGCUCCGAUCGACCCGGCGGAGUAUUGGCGGCAACACAACGCUGUCCGCCUCAGAGAAAAGCACUGGGCCAGUGAGCCUGAUGACACGGACGCUGAGUCGUGGGGCAACGAGGACCGCUCCUGGGGCGUCUCCGGCGCCACCGCGUACGGCGCGUCGUGGCGCGCCGCCAACAGCUCAGGAUGGGGCUCCUCUACCACUCCCGCUGCCGCGCCAGCGCCGGCGCUGGCCACAAGUCAAGCAGCAGCAGGUGUAGCAGGUGCAUCAGGGACGGGUGCAACAGCGUCAACAGCGGCAGGAGCAGUGACGGCGGCAGACGCGAAGAAAAAAAAGGCGGCGAAGAAAGCACCUGCCGCAGCGGCGUCCUCCCCCACUGCUGCGGCCGCGCAGAAGAAACAGCCGCUGGCGAAACCCGGAAGCCCCGCGCCCGUCGCGACGAAAAAAAAGAAAAAGAAAGACGUCGUGGGCCCUGGUGUCGCAGCUGUGUCGCCGGGUGGCGCCCUCGCCGGGUACAGCGUCAGCGGUUACAAGCCGCCGUCGGUGGUAACCACCGCGAAGCCCGCGCCGAGCACGAGCUCCGCGCGCUCGGUGGCGGAGAGCGAUGCGAUUCCCUGGUGGGCUUCGCUGGGCGGCGGCGCGCCGGGCGCAACCGCCACCACUCCCGCCGGCAGCAGCAGUGCGCCUGGCAGUACCAGCUCCGUGCUCGCAUCACCCUCUACCCGCGUUCCGCCAAUGGCGCCCCUUCCGCCAGCGGCUGCGCCACAACCACCUCCGCCUCAUCAACCCUCCUUCCCGCCCCACGACCCCGCGGCUUUCACUCCCUCCGCCCCGCAUCUCCCCCAGCAGCCCCAGCCUUUCCCCCCUCCGCAACAUUCCGCGGCGCCUUCCGCCCCUGGGGGGUAUGCGCCGCCCGUUCAGGGGCCGUAUGGCGGAAGAGCUCCUUCCCCCCCGACGUGGGGGAAUACUCCCGCUAACAUGCCGAUUGGUCUCGCGGGCCAGAUGUCCAACCAACCUCAAGCUUGGUCGGGGCCGAACCAAUCUGCUGGUUGGUCCGGACCGAACCAACAAGGACAGUUUUGGCCUGAGCAGGCGCAACAGCCCCAUGGUUUAUUGGUUCCGGGCACUGCGUGGGCGGCUAGCACGGCUGCGUCUGGUAGUGCCAGUGCUGGCUCCGACGCCAGCAGUUGGCGUCGCAGCGACUCGUCCUCCUCCAGGCUGCCCGCGCCUCUGGCUUCCAACGCACCUGCCGCUGCUGCUGUCUCUGCUUGGGCUGCCACCCCUGCGCCCUCAGCCGCGUCUGCCCCUGCCAGCACUGCGCCUGUCACCGCUGCUGCGUUUCCAAGCACAGCUGCUGGCGAUGCCGCUGAAGCUGCGAGCAGUGCAGGCGUGGAGGGGCAGGUGGCGGGCAAGGUGCCGAUCUACGAUGGGUGGGGGGAUGGGGAGUACGGAGAAGGGGAGUAUGGAGAGGGGGAGUAUUGGGAAGGGGAGUAUGCUGAAGGGGAAUAUGGGGAGGGGGAAUAUGCGGAGGGGGAAUACGCGGAAGGGGAGUAUGCGGAGGGGGAGUAUGGCGAAGGGGGUAACGCUGCUGGCGUUGGUUACGGCGAUGACGCGGGGGCCGGGGGCGGUGAUGGCGGUGGGGGCGGUUCUGGCGGAGGUGAUGGUGGCGGAAAGGAGGCGGACAGCGCUGUGGAAGGGGAAAAGGUGGAAGAGGAUGGGGGGAAAUCAGGUAGGGCGAAUGAAGAGGCGCAGGAGGGGGACGAUGAGUUUUGGGACGCGGAGGAGGGGGAGCUUGAGGGCAGUGUGGGCAGUGGCAGCGGCAGCGAGGGGGCUGGCAGGGAGGCGAGGGGGCAGCAGGCGCAGUAUGGGCAGCAGGCGGCUUCCAAGCAGCCUGGACCAGUGCAAGGAGCGGUGGGAGACCUCAACAGCCAAUGGGGCGACAGCGCCAGCUGGCAGAGCAGCAGUGGCUGGGGGAUCGGCAAUAAGGGGACCGCCGGCGCAGCAGGGGUAAAAGAGGACACAGAAUGGGGGGAUGCUGCGCUUAGCAGCGGCGGCAGAGGUUCGGGCCGAACCUCUGGCAGCCCUGCUGCUGUUACUGCUGGUGGCGGGGGUGAUGGCUGGGGAGUGAGUGCCGCGAAGGUGGAUCCGGGCAAGUCUGGGCUGGAGUGGCGCAGGAAGGACGGGGUGUCUCCCACUCAUUCGUCCACGUCCUCUCAUUCGGCUGCAGCAGCUGCAGCGAGCGGCAGAGCAGGGGGUGCGGGAGGGGGUCCUGUGAGGCGGGCGGAGCUGGGGGAGGGCGGAUCUGACGAGGACAUCUGGAAGCAGCAGGAGGAGGACGAGCAGCUUGCGCGCCAGUGGGGGGGCGCGGAUAGCGCGGGCUGGGGGGGAAGCAAGGGCGGGGGGACGGGUGGAGGCGGAAGCAAGGGCGCGGGUGCGGGCAGAGGCAAGGGCGCAGGGCGAGUGACAAGAGGGGAAACUGGGUGGAGAGGCGCGGGGAGCAGGGCAGGGCGAGGUGAGGGCGAGGCAGCAGCGGAAGGGAAGUGGAGGAAGGGGAGUGGCGGGGCAGAGGGGAAGGGCGGGGAGUGGAGGAAGAGCAAUGAGCAGGAGGCAGUGGCGCCUGCAGUGGCGCCUGCUGUGCCGCCCAUUCCCCUGGUGCGGCCCAUAGUGGCUCACAGGGAGAUCGACGGGUGGGAGGCAGGCAGCAGGGGCGACAGCAGCGCGUGGGAGACAGAGAGCAACGUGUCUGCCGUGUCGUCGCUCAACAAGGGCCUGCGCGCCUGGCAGCACGUCGCUACAGCCUCUGCUGUGACGUCGGCUGUAGCGCCGGCUGUAGCAUCAGCUGUAGCGCUGGGGAGCGUGGUAUCAGAGCGGUCAGCCACUGAUAGUAUUCUCUCUGCUAUUGGGCUGAAGGCUGGGACCAGCAAUGAGACGAGUGCUGAGACUUCCUUGACGCCUGAGACUAGUGGUGCUGGUGAUUCUGCUGGUAACCCUGCUGGCAGCAGCGGUGGCAGUGGCAAGGCGCGUGGGAGCGAUGGCUUGCGAGCAGACGCGCCCCCGUUCCCCGCUGCUGCCUCUUCCCUCCCUUCCCCGCUCCGCGCUGACGCCACCACAUCCCUCCGAGCAGAUGCUCCUUCCUUCAUCCGCGCCCAAGCACCCUCUUAUAUCAGCGCCCAGGCGCCCUCAUACAUCAGUGCCCAGGCGCCUUCCUUCAUCCGCGCAUCCGCCCCUCCAUUCACCCCCUCGACCCCCUCCCGUCCCCCGGGCCACGUCCCCGCCCCCUCCACUGUCUCCGCCCCCGGGGCUCUCUCCCCCGCUCCACCGCGCCCCACCUCCAUGCCCACCUCUCCACCCACCUCCACACCUUCUUCUUUCAACGGUCAAUCGCCUGUUUUCGCGGAUCCUAACGGCCAAUCAUACGGCGACACAGGGGUCUCUUGGCCUGCUAUUGCCCCAUCCGCCGCCUUCCCCUCGCUCCCCCAGUCCGGUUUGGCCUCUGCUGCUGUCCCGCCCGCCUCUGCUUUUGCCCACGGCCUCCCACCUGAUCCUGCUAUAGCAGGAGUGGGCAUGGGCAUGGGCAUGGGCAUGGGCAUGGGCAUGGGCAUGGGCAUGGGGAUGAGCAUGGGGAUGGGCAUGGGCGUGGGCAUGAGCGUGGGCACGGGCGCUUUCAUUCCCGCAACUGGUGGUGGGAGCGUGGGGGGGAGUGGGGAGGAGGGCGGGGGUGGGGGCAGCAGGACGGAGGAGUGGGUGGGGACAGGUGGUAGCCUGGGCAGGGGUGGCCCUGCAAGUGCUGCCAGUGGUGCUGACAGCGGUGCAACCCGUGCAAGCCCUUCCGUUGCAACCUCCGGUGCUGCGGGUGCCAAGCAAGCACCCACUACAACCCCUGCCACAGCUGGGCCGAGGGCACAGACCCCCCAGCUCCCCACAGAGAUGGGCAGGGGGGGGAUGCCAAUGCCAGGGGCAUCCGCAUCCUCGUGGUCUCAGUCCGGGUACGGGCCGCAGUCGGAGCUGCACUCUAGUGUGCUGCGCCUGCCGGCAGCAGGGGAGGGCGGGAGCGAGUACGUGCCCCCUGUGAGCGAGCUGGAUGUGGACUUUGACGACAGUGUCAGUAAUGCUGGUGCCGCUGAUCGGGCCCGCGCUGCUGCUGCUGCCCUGGCUGCUGCUGCUGGGGGAGGAAGGCCGGUCGGUGUGAGUAGGUUCGGCACUGGUGCUGCCGCUACUGCUGCUGCUGCUGCUGCUGCUGCUGUUCCUGCUGCUGCUGCUGCUCGUGUUACCCCCCAAGGGCAAGCCAUGGGCGGACUGCUGGGUGAAUACGAUGACGACGACGAGGACGAUGAGUGUGGUGGCAGGGAGGUGGGAGGGGAGGAUGACGACGAGGGCGACGGCGAUGAAGGAGAAGGCGAGGACUCGGCAUUCGACGUGACCGCCACAGACUACAAGCACUCGCCCUCUGUCGCUCUCUUCCUCGUGGACCUCAAAAAGCUGUCCGCGGAUCAGAUCAAGGCGCACGACCGAGAGUACAAGUGCCCCGCGUGCAAGGGCGGCAAGGGCGAGACCGACUGGUGGCCAGGGAUCCGAGCUCUGCUGCAGCACGCAGAGACGAUUCGGUCCAGGAAGAUUGGCGCGCACAGGGCGUUUGCUGCGGCGGUUCAUGUGGAGCUGCGAGAGAGGGGGAUUUUCCUGGGAGGUGGGGGGGUGGGGAGUCAGGGGCAGGAGGGGGUGCUGCAGGGGCAGUGGCGGGGGGUUGGGGGAAGGAGGGCGGAGGAGGGGAAUGCAACGGUGGUGUGGCCGCCCGUGGUGAUCAUCCGGAACACGCGCCUGCGACCCGACGAGGAUGGAAGGGUACGUUAUGGUGUGAUGGUGUGGUGA